CCGGCCUACCUUGAACCUGAGCAGAGUUUGAUCAGCCAAAACUUGAAACACCUGUGGAAGUGUGCAGGGCAGUCUGGCCAUCGGUAUAUUUCCACAUCAGCCCUGACAGUGUGAAUUAGAUAUACAUUGGGUUGAGCUUGUUUUUGCUGAAGAUAUGGCCAGCAUAGAUGUAUUGAGAACCAGGUUUUACUUUUAUGACAAGAUGUAUAGUCAUGAUUUACGUGAACAAAGCUUUGCUGACUGGCCAUUUAGAGAGGAGUGUAACUGCACACCUGAAAAGAUGGCCAGGGCUGGGUUUGUCCACUGCCCCAGUGAGAAUGAGCCUGAUGUUGCAUGCUGUUUCUUCUGUCUGAUUGAGCUUGAGGGUUGGGAGCCAGAUGAUGAUCCCUGGACUGAACACGUAAAACGUUCCCCUAACUGUGGAUUCUUAACCAUGAAGAGAGACUUCACCGAGCUAACUGUGGCUGAUUUCUAUCAAAUGGAAAAGGAGAGGCUAAAGGUCUACCUUAGAAAGGUUUGUCAUAAGGAGAUGGCAUAUUUGCGGGAUGACAUAGACCAUACACUUGAGAGCCUUAAAUCUCAGUUGGACUCCAUAUGACUGAAAAUGUAAUUUUUAUGGCUACACUGAUCUUAAGGGUGUAGCAAGAGCCUGUACUCUUGACCCACUAGUUUGAUGCAAUUGAAGAUUAAAAUAUUAAUAAAGUUUGGGGAAUGUUA